AUGGCGGAACACGUUGCGCGCAACCUUCGUCUGAGGACUAUGAGGCCCGACGGCGAAGCCGCAAUAUCGUCCAACCCAAACUACAAUAACUUCAACUCCAAUCUUCGUCUUAAUGGCCUAUUUGUCUGCAUAGACUUCAUUGAUUUGGAAUUGGACACUGACCGAUGGGAUGCCCCUCGUGCUAUCCUCUCUUAUCUCGAUUUAAUCGACCUCACGACAGGCACUGAGACUGCUUAUCUGAACAAUGACUUCUUUUCCCAGGCUGAGAUCGCCAGUCCUAUUGUGAUGAGUCCCGACCUUAUUGAUUUAUGGUUGGACACUGAGUCCGUUGCCUACUUUUCGAAAUUAGCUGUCGUUAGCAUGAAUCUCAUUGAGCUAUCCGAUAUCAGGAUCAUUCCAGUCAUUAUUGGCCUUGUAGACUUCACCAUGCGCACUGGAGUCAUUCGCCACGCUGAUUCUGACUCGUCUGGUUUGUCUACCACCUCAGGCAGCAUCAACGCAUUUGAUUUGGACCCUGAAGAUGACACUAUGGGAUCUCUCCCUUCUGGUACUGAUGAGUGGUCCCCCGCGUUUGCUGCUGAGCUGGUUGCCAUACUCGACGCCCUCAUCAAGCUCCUCGAAGAGCAGCUUCAGUGA